AUGGCGGCGCCCGAGGAGACGCUGAGGAGGCGGAAGGCGGGGAACUCGGGCCCCGAGCCUGAGACUCCGCCGGAGUCAGGGCGCGACCCCACGGGCUGCCCGGCCCGCCUCCGCACGGGCACUUUCUGGCUGACCAGGAUCGUGCUCCUGAGGGCCCUCGCUUUCAUUUACUUCGUGGCGUUCCUGGUGGCUCUGCACCAGAACAAGCAGCUGAUCGGCGACCGCGGCCUGCUGCCCUGCCGGGCGUACCUGGAGAGCGUCCGGCGGUACUUCCGGGGCCGGGGAGGCUGGGACGCCGUGAGCUACGCACCCACCGUGCUCUGGCUGCUGGACUGGUCGCACAUGAACGCCAACCUGGACGCCCUCGCCCUCCUCGGAUUGGGCGUCUCGUCUUUCGUCCUGGUCACCGGCUGUGCCAACGUGGUGCUCAUGGCCACUCUCUGGGUCCUCUACAUGUCCCUGGUCAACGUGGGACAGAUCUGGUAUUCGUUUGGAUGGGAGUCCCAGCUUCUGGAAACAGGAUUCCUGGGAAUCUUCCUGUGCCCUCUUUGGACUCUGUCUCGACUGCCCACAGGGACCCCCCCGUCCCAGAUCGUUCUGUGGGGCUUUCGGUGGCUGAUUUUCAGAAUCAUGCUUGGAGCGGGCCUCAUCAAGAUCCGGGGGGACCGGUGCUGGCGGGACCUCACUUGCAUGGACUUCCACUAUGAGACGCAGCCGGUGCCCAACCCCAUGGCCUACCUCCUGCACCAGUCCCCCUGGUGGGCCCACCGCUUUGAGACGCUCAGCAACCACUUCCUGGAGCUCGUGGUGCCUUUCUUCAUCUUCCUUGGACGGCGGCUGUGCAUCCUCCACGGGGCCUUACAGAUCCUGUUCCAGGUGGUCCUCGUCAUCAGCGGGAACCUGAGCUUCCUGAACUGGCUGACCAUGGUGCCCAGCGUCGCCUGCUUCGAUGACGCCACUCUGGGGUUCUUGUUUCCCUCCGCGCCUGGGGGCCUCAAGGACCGAGUCCGGAAGAUGCAGGAAGAGGCGGCCCGAGGGGCCCGGCCCACCCUCAGAUACGGCUGCGUGGUGCGGCAGGCAGUGCACGUGGCACUAGGCAUCCUGGUGGCCUGGCUCAGUGUCCCCGUGGUCCUCAACCUGCUGAGUCCCACGCAGGUCAUGAACACCUCCUUCAACUCCCUGAGGAUCGUCAACACAUACGGCGCCUUCGGAAGCAUCACCAAGGAGCGCACGGAGGUCAUCCUGCAGGGCACGGCCAGCCCCAACGCCAGCGCGCCGGAUGCCGUGUGGGAGGACUAUGGGUUCAAGUGCAAGCCGGGUGACCCGGGGCGGCGGCCGUGCCUCAUCUCUCCGUACCACUACCGCCUGGACUGGCUCAUGUGGUUCGCGGCCUUCCAGACCUACGAGCACAACGAGUGGAUCAUUCACCUGGCAGGCAAGCUCCUGGCCAACGACAGGGAGGCUGUGUCCCUACUGGCCUUCAACCCUUUCAAGGACAGGGCCCCCCCCAGGUGGGUCCGGGGAGAGCACUACAGGUACAAGUUCAGCCGCCUGGGGGGCCGGCAUGCUGCGGCAGGCAGGUGGUGGGUCCGGAAGAGGAUCGGCCCCUACUUCCCCCCACUCAGCCUGCGAGACCUGGAGGGCUACUUCCGGUCCCGGGACUGGCCGCUCCCGGAGCUGGAGUAGAGCCGGUCCCGGGCCAGUGCGCGGAGGAAUAAAGCAGGAAGGCCCGGCUACCUGGGUCUCAAGAGGAGAUCGUCUUGGCUUACCGGGACAGAUCCUGAAUCCAGUGACAACCAUCCUUACAAGAGACACACAGGAGAGACCACAUGAAUACAGAGGCAGAGCCUGGAGGGAUGCGGCCACAACCCAAUGGAUGCCCGGAGCCCCCAGAGGCAGGAAGGAGCCUCCUCUGGAGCCUCUGGAGAGAGCACGACCCCACGAGGGUCUUCAUCUCAAACUCCGGCCUCCAGGACUCUGAGGAAACAAGCUCCUGGUGUCCUCAGCUGCCUAGUUCGUGGUAAAUAGUUCCAGCGGCCUCAGGACACCGGCACAGCCACCAUCCCAGCCGUGACGUGGGCGCAACAGGGCAGCCCCAUCGGCCCACGCUUCCUCUAACUGCUCCGGUCAGCCCUGGGGGAACAGCUGCCCCUCAGCCUUGUCGGGACUCACCCUUGACCUUGGGCUACGCCUGAGCUACCGAAAGUGAAAAGCAGAAACUUUGAUAACUUAGAUGGAACGGACCAAUCCCUCAAAUCAACAAAACGCCAAACUCAUCCACAUGUUACUAGAUAUUCAAUAAUAUGUAACUGAUAAAGAUAUUCGAUUUGCAGUUAAAAUAUAAAUGUCCAGGUCCAAGUGGUUUAGCUGGUGAAUUCUGCCAAACAUUUAAAGAAAAAACACCAAUUCGACCCAAUCUCUUCUAGAAAGUACAAAACAAGGGAACACUUCCCAAUUCAUUUUAUCAGGCCAGCAUCACCAAAACCAAA